AUGAACAUACCAUUGGUGGAAGCCCUUGAGCAGAUGCCAGGAUAUGCCAAGUUCAUGAAAGACUUGGUCACAAAGAAAAGAGCUGUAAGUAUUGAUUUAACUGACAAUGUUCAUCACUGCAGUGCUAUUGCUACCAGAUCUCUAGUGCAGAAGAAGGAGGAUCUGGGAGUUCCAAAACCCACAACCAUGAGGUUGAUGAUGGUAGAUAGGUCAGUGAAGCAACCUGUGGGCAUCCUAUGUGAUGUGCUCGUAAAGGUGGAGACAUUCAUCUUUCCGGCAGACUUCGUUAUCUUGGAUUGUGAAGUAGAUUUUGAGGUUCCCAUUAUUUUGAGAAGACCAUUUCUGGCCACGAGACGAGCAUUGGUAGAUGUUGAGCGAGGUGAACUGAAAUUCAGACUCAACAAUGAGGAGGUAAAGUUUAAUAUUUGCAAGUCCAUAAAGCAGCAACAUGACAUGAAUGUGGUGUCUGCAAUAGAUGUUUUUGAGGAAGAAGAAAUGGGAGCAACCAUUGAAGAGAGGCUGGCUAUUGAAACCUUGGCUGCAGCACUGAUGAACUAUGAAGCUGAUUUCCGGUCUGACUAUGUAGAAACCGUGAAUGCUUUACAGGGUAUGGGAGCACACUCUUAUGAUCCAAAGAAAUUGGACUUGGAUUUAAAAAAUAGGCCAAGUCCUCCAGCAAAACCAUCCAUUGAGGAACCACCUAUGCUAGAACUGAAACAGUUGCCCAGUCACCUAAAGUAUGUAUUAUUGGGAACUAACAACACUUUACCUGUAACACCCCUAAAAUACUAG